AUGAUUGCCUCCAGUUUUAUCAGUUUCUUGGCUAUGGCCUCAACUGCAGUACUUGCAAGUCCUAUCGGAAAUGAGACCGAACUUGUUAAACGUCAAAUCAGGGACUGGAAUUGUGGCGGUAAACACUACACACAGGCUCAGGUCCAGGAUGCCUUCAACCGUGGGAUCCAAUUCAAGCAAACAGGACAGUCCGCCCUAUUUGGUAGUACCCCGUAUCCGCACGAGUUCCGUAAUGGACUACCUACAAGACCCGAGGUCGACCCAUCCCCUUGUGCUGGAUUGGAGUUCCAGGAAUUUCCCAUUCUUCCCGGUGGGGUUUUAUACAGCGGAGGUUGGCCGGAUGCGGACCGUGUUGUGUUCGGAUCAAGUAACCCAGCAAGCAACAGCUGGACCCCGUGCUACCUGAUCACCCAUACCGGCGCGGCUUCUCGUAGACUCUUCGUUAAGUGCACCUGA